AUGACGUCCCACAUAGAGAAACCAAUCACGCUGAAAAGCGGCUUGACGCUGCCUAACAGGCUCGCCAAGGCCGCCAUGGCGGAGAACCUAGCUGAUGGAGACCUCUUGCCAACAGAUCAAGUCUAUACUGCAUACAAGACCUGGGCCAAUGGCGGUUGGGGCAUGCUCAUCACAGGAAAUGUGCAGGUUGAUCCUCGUCAUCUGGGUCAAGCAGGAGAUAUUGCCAACAACGACUCCAUCGACAGGAGCCGGCUUGUAGACAGUUGGAAGAAGUGGGCAUCUGUCUCUAGAAGCGGCGGAACUCCGACUGUGGUCCAGAUCAGUCACCCCGGUCGGCAAUCACCACUCGGCGCCGGUACUCGAGGUUUCUUUGACAAGACGCUCGCUCCUAGCGCUGUCCCUCUACGCCUCGGCAAAGGCAUAUUCGCAGGGGUGAUCUCCAGACUACUAUUUGGAACGCCAAGAGCCAUGACGGUUACAGAGAUCUUGGACGUUCAGGAUCGCUUCGUCAAGACAGCCGUCCUGGUCGCUGAUGCUGGGUUUGACGGGAUAGAGCUUCACGGAGCACACGGAUACCUUCUCUCGCAAUUUCUCAGUCCCAAGACUAACCAGCGAACUGAUGAGUAUGGAGGAUCGGCUGGGGCUAGGGCAAAGAUUGUGGUCGACAUUAUCAAGGCCAUCCGCAAAGCCGUGCCACCAAGCUUCACGGUUGGCAUCAAGUUCAACUCGGUCGAUCACCAGUCUUCACAAGCCCUGGAGGAGUGCCUUGAACAGCUUCGAUUAAUUACCGACGCCGGAAUCGAUUUCCUCGAAAUCAGCGGGGGAACUUAUGAGGAGCCAAUUGGUAUUAUCGACCCUGAUAAAAUCCCAGCCGCCAAGAGAGAAAGUACCAAGGCGAGGGAAGCCUUCUUCCUAGACUUUGCGAAAGCCAUCAGAGGCCAAUUCCCCGGCCUACCGUUGCUCGUCACGGGCGGCUUCCGCAGCCGAAAGGUAAUUGAAGACGCCUUGGCAAGCGGUUCGCUCGACAUGGUCGGCAUAGCUCGGCCAGGAGUUCUAGAUCCCUCUGCUCCGACAAAUACCCUCCUAGACAAGAGCAAGAAGGAUGAGGAGGCGCGAGCCAUUGCGAUUUCUAUUCCCACGCCUUGGCUGUUGAAAAAGAUUGGCAACUAUGUCAUUGGAGCUGGCUAUGAAACGGCCUGGUAUGUAAAGAAGAUCAAGACUCUGGGCGCAGCGUAA